AAUAGAUAGAGGCUUUACAUAAACUGUUUGUCACUUUAGAACCAUUAAACAUGAAUCUUAAUAAAGCAUAUAAAAUUGUGGAAUAUAGGCGUUAUGUAAUACUUCUCUCUUUCUAACAAAAUGGUAAGUGUUUUCACCCCAUCACAAACAUAAUCCAACACAAUGGAACCCACUCUCUGAGUAAGAGGCUCCGCCGGACAAAGAAACGACAGCCAUCUUAUGCUGAUGUGUGACGACACGAUUGGUCAAUCUACAUAACUCCACGGAGUCUGUGUUCUUAAAUCUGCUGCUUCGCAGGAUGGCGAGAAAAUAAAUAUAAUUUCCGUGAGAAAGUGAGAAGAAGAGAGGAGGAAGAAACAAUGUUCACCAAAUCACCAUUAACGUUGCUCACGCUUCUUAGUCUGUUAAUUGGAUUCUUCAAUCUCGGUAACGCUCUUUACGGAUCUUCGUCGCCUGUGGUUCAGCUCACUGCUUCGAACUUCAAGUCCAAGGUUCUUAACUCAAACGGUGUCGUUUUGGUAGAGUUUUUUGCACCAUGGUGUGGUCAUUGUAAAGCCCUGACACCAACAUGGGAGAAAGUGGCUGGUGUUUUGAAAGGUGUUGCCACUGUGGCAGCUAUUGAUGCUGACGCUCACCAGUCUGCUGCUCAGGAUUAUGGUAUUAAGGGCUUCCCAACCAUUACGGUCUUUGUUCCUGGAAAGCCUCCUGUUGAUUACCAAGGAGCAAGAGAUGCUAAGUCCAUUGCUAAUUUUGCUUACAAGCAGGUUAAGGCACUUGUGAGUAACCGUUUGGAAGGCAAAAGUAAACCAAAUGGAGGAGGAUCUAGUGAAAGGAAAUCUGAGCCUAGUGCAUCUGUAGAAUUGACCUCUAGCAAUUUUGAUGAAUUGGUCAUCAAAAGCAAUGACCUCUGGAUCGUUGAGUUUUUUGCACCUUGGUGUGGACACUGCAAAAAGCUUGCCCCGGAGUGGAAAAAGGCUGCUAAAAACUUGAAGGGGAAGGUGAAACUAGGCCAUGUGAAUUGCGAUGUUGAGCAGUCGAUAAUGAGCAGAUUCAAAGUGCAAGGAUUCCCUACAAUUAUGGUAUUUGGUGCAGACAAAAGCAGCCCAUAUGCUUACGAGGGUGCUAGAUCUGCGUCAGCUAUAGAAUCUUUUGCUACAGAACUUGUGGAAUCUAGUGCUGGGCCUGUUGAAGUUACUGAACUAACUGGACCGGAUGUCAUGGAAAAGAAGUGUGGUUCUGCUGCUAUUUGCUUUAUCUCUUUCUUACCUGACAUUCUCGACUCCAAAGCUGAAGGAAGGAACAAGUAUCUCAAGAUGUUACAAUCCGUUGCAGAGAAGUAUAAGAGACAUCCUUACAGUUUCGUGUGGGUGGCGGCAGUAACUCAGCCGGAUUUAGAGAAGAAAGUUAGUGUGGGAGGAUAUGGUUAUCCAGCAAUGGUAGCGAUGAACGUGAAGAAAGGAGUAUAUGCUCCUCUUAAAAGCGCAUUUGAGCUUCAACACCUCUUAGAGUUUGUGAAGGAUGCUGAGGCUGGUGGAAAAGGAAACUUACCUAUGAAUGGAACACCAGAGAUAGUUGACACAAAAGCAUGGGACGGUAAAGACGGGGAAGUGAUCGAGGAAGAUGAAUUCUCACUUGAAGAACUUAUGGGAGGUGAUGACGAUGCUAAUGUUGGUAUCAAGGAUGAGUUGUGAAUCAUUGAAGGUGUGACCUGAACCGUUGAAUGUUUCUCAGUCUUUAUAUUUGUUAAAAAGAAAGUAAGAUGAGAGCAUUUUAAGAGACAGGAACCAUCCUAUAUGUAUACUUCCCAACAUGUCUGGAUUUUGAAUUUAGAUAUAGACACAUAAUCAGAUCAAUCUUUGGUGGAGUUUGAGUACAUCACUCUUCGCCCUUUUUA